AUGGCGGCGUCAAGUGCUGUUGACAUUUUGAAGGAUGAAAACAACAGGGCAAACCCGGAGAGUCCACAACUUCCACGAGCAGCGCUUUCCGAAAUCAAAUCUUCAGAGCAAACUGGCGUCCCACUGAACACUCCAUGGACUUUUUGGCUCGAUAAGUCAGUGCCAGGAACUUCAGUAGCAGAGUAUGAAAAGUCCUUGCGGAAACUGUACACUGUAACAACUGUCCAGAGUUUUUGGAGUGUGUACAACAAUAUACCCUCUGUCACAAAGUUGUGUAGUCGUUACAGUUAUCAUUUGAUGCGUCAUUCAAGGAAGCCAGUUUGGGAAGAAGAAUACAACUGCAAAGGAGGCAAUUGGCGAAUGAAAUGUCAUAAAUUUGACACAGAACAUGUCUGGAAAGAAUUACUGCUAGCUGCAAUAGGUGAACAGUUUUCAGACUGUAUGGCAGAAGGAGACGAAAUUGGAGGGUUAUCUGUGAGUAUUCGUGACCGAGACGACAUCAUACAAAUAUGGAACAGUCGGGCUGAUCUCGAAUCUGAAUCCACAGUUCUACAGAAAGUCAAAGAGCUAUUGCCUAGGGUUACAUUUCCUGCUCAGUUUUACAAAGCCUUCCAAACACACCAAGCUUUUGAGAGAAAAUGACUGUGAGAUAUUGUUGGAAUAUUGUGAUUAGAUGACCAGUAACAAUCCACUGCAGCCAACCACAACAAUUGGGAACAGGGUGGAGCUCACUGCAGGAUGGUCUUAUGAUGAACCUCAUUGUAGGUGGUUAGGCUCAGUUUCUGUUUGUCUGAAAUCCCAUCUAAUUGUUCAAAUUGCCAAAGAUAAUUUUUAUACUUUAAAUGUGCUGAUAAGAAAUAUUUUGUAUUUAAUGCUGGGUGCUUACUUACAGAGAAACUUCUAGAUACUUUUUUUUUUUUUUACUAUUUAAAGAACAAUUAUUUGCUUUUUUUUGCAAAUGUUAAAUUGCACUCUGUAAAAUGUUACUCAGCUUAUUGUUAUAGGGAUUUUUUGGAUGGUUUGACUUUUAUAGAAGCCAUCAUGUUACCAUAGUCUGGAAUUGAACAUACAUAUCUACUGGUCAAAAGAAAUGUGAUGUGAGCUACUUUGUAAAAGUAUUUAUGUAAGUGUUGUGUGGUGACCUAUCAGAAAAUGAUGUUCAUUCACAGUUGGUGAAUGUCUUAACAGCGAAUUGUUCCAGUGGUUAGUUACGUACAUGGGCUGUGUGAGCGGUGAUGUCACACAAGAGUGCUGUCCCUUAGUGCUGUGAUUUUGCCAUGUGACAGGGCAUCAGUACAACUUUUCUUUCCUUAACCAGGAAAAUUUACAGCAAAAGGUUUUUCCUUUUUUACCUCUCAGCCAGAAUUGGCCUAGGGGUAUUUUUGGGUAUAGCCAGCUUUUUGGGUACACAAUAACUCUUGAAGUCAAGUUUUCCACACAUAUAUAUGUAUCAUGGAUCAGUUUCAUAAGGGCAUGUGUCAUGUGUUCAUGUAACUUCCUUGGUGACAUAAUGCAUAUAGUACUGAUUGCCAUGGAAGAUAGGCUCUCGUAACAUUGCAUGCACUUUGUGAAAUGUGUUCCAUAUAUUUAGUACAUUUAGUUCUUUGAAAAUACAGUAUCUUUUGAACUAUAAUAUAAAGGUACAUGUACACCAAAGCUAAACUUUUGUUUGUCAGCAUAUGGUAUUGACUCCUGUAUAACUACACUUUCAACACAGUUGAUAAUGUUGCCCACCUGUGCUUUUGUCUGAGGGAUGUUAAGUGCUAAGCUUGGUACAUUACAUUUUUUUUAUUAACAGCCCAAGAAAAUUCAGUUAAGUGUCAUUGUUUCUUGAUAAUUUUUGUCAGUGUAUUCCAGCCAAUCUUAUGCUUAAAAAUAGAAUUGGCUCUUAAUAUUCCAUAUAGUAGCAAAGCUUCAUAAUGUCACAAUGGUGUCUUAACAUUAAGACUGGACAAAGAGGUUUCUUUCAAAGCACGUGGGGUGAUGCCAGUAGUGGUUUGGCAAGUGCAAACAACUGUGGGUGACCAGGUGUCACUUUCUGAUGUAAGUCAGUGCCUGAUCUAGGCUCAUUUUAAUACCCAUAAUCCAUCCAUAGGGAUUGGGCGUCACUGGUUUACGAGCUCUAAAAAAAGGUUUUUCAAUUGUUCCAAAUAAUUGUUUUGUUUUGUUUGAAAUUGUUCUCAAAAGGCUAUUAGAGUCUAUUUUUGUAACAAUAUUGUUUUAAAUUGUCUCUUACUGGGUGGAGAAUUACUCCUUGUUCAAAUCAAUUGCAUUUCCAGGUUGAUAAAUUGUGUCUCAAUACUAUACUUAAAUAAAUUCUACUACCAUAAAUGACCUAAGUUUCACACAAAAGGGGAAAUUUUAGAGGCAAAUGUCAAUACAACACCUUCAGGCAAGAUGUGGAAUGUGGUCAUAACUUACAGUAGCUAUUUAAUACAUUACUUCUAAGUCAUUUGCACAUUUUAUGUUCUAAUUGCACCUGUAAACGGUCCUGGCGACUGUCUACUGCGAUCUUAUGACCCAAGAGUUUCUGGGGCCAGGGUUUUCCCUGGACCCUCAACUCCCCUUUCUAAAAUCUUGGCGACACCUGUGAGGGUAUGCUUAUAUUUUUAUCAAGAUGUAAUUAAACAUUGAGAUUGCAGGUCAGUAUCAUUGAUAAUUACAGAUGAGUGCAGUUCUGUGGUGUUCAUGUAUAUUUCAUUCUUCCAGGGCUUUACUUUUGACGCAAACCCAGAAAUCAGAUUCUUCCCAUGGCCGUCAUAAACCAAAACUACAGGAUUCAGCUUGGAAUCUCAAAUAUAAUGUCACAUUAAAAUUAAUAUUCUUAUUACAAUAGAAUAUAUAUUGUUUCAGAUCAUUAAAAAUAUGAACAUGGAAUCAAAAAAAUCUGUUUAUUUUUAUGUGCAUUGCAAUUUACAUUUACUUGAAACAAUUUUUUGUGUCCUAGGUUUGGGUGGAUUCUAGCAAACAGAUCUAAAUCUAUUGAGAUUCAUUUAAAACUUGAUAAAAUAAAAGCCCUACAUUCUCAAAGGAAAUAUGCAAAAUAUCCUUUUCAGUGUGCAGUUUCACAUUUACAUUAGUUGAUUAGAUAUCUUUUUGUUUCUGAAUACAUAUAGAAAAAUAUCAGGUCAGUUUUACCAAAAGGGAACAUACAUGUACAAAUGGUUAUCUAAGCUGGGAUAGUCACGUUGAAAUAUUCAGUUUUAAUGGUGCUGAAAUUCUCCUUUUUUUUUCCUUUUCAGCUAUUUCAAAAUUACCAAGGCUGUGCAGUUAGAUUAAAAUCAUGCUUGAUCUUACAAGCCAACUAAGUUAAGGCACCUUCCUAAUAACAGUUCAUGUACAUACAACUUUUUAAAUUAGUGUGAAUUGGUGCAGAAUUUGAGUGAGUAUGAAUUUUUUUGUAGCUAGUAAUGACAAAUGUACACGUAAGUAAUAGGCCUACUGAAAACAGCCUCCAAUAACCGUUUAAUUAAAGAAUAGAUUUUAAAUGAUGUUCUUGAAUGGCUGAAACUUACAUUCAUGUACCUGCAUGAAAUUGAUCUUUCAGAAUCUUGGAGUUAGGGAAAUCCAAAAAUGUUGAUGUUGAAUGUGCUUGAUUGUAAGGUAUGGCCUGAGUCGUUCAAGUAAAGGUUUUAUUAUGAACCGAGAGUAGUGUAGUUGUACUGAAAGAAGUUCAGGAUAAAACAAAGUCUUACACAGAUUAUUAUUUAUUAUUUUCUCAUAAGGGCGGGGUCAAAAAUAUACCUGCUGAUCUCAAUAUAGCAUUUAAGAAUACCACAUACCUAUUGAUCAAAUGUGUCACAGUGGAUAGGUUGACAUUCCAAACAGGAAAUAUCCCAUGGAUGGUCUCUGGAAGUCUCUGAAGGAACAACAUGAUUUAUCAUGAUGUAUGUCUUGUUUUAUACCUGCUCUUCCUGGAGUCAAAAAUUUGUAAAAGUUUUGUGUGAAUGCAAAAAUGUUUCUUUAGCAAUGGUAUGUUCACAACUUAAAGGAGAUUUUAUCAAUAUUAGUGAGAAUUUUAUAAGAAACACAAACCUUGAAUGACUGUUAUUGAUGACAUCUGUUGGGGUUGCAUCACUUCAUCUUAUUUUCUUAAGAGUUCCUUUCCAAGUCUGCAAAAAUAACAUACAAAAAUCUCUUUCUCCAAAUUUUAUUUCUUAAAAUACUGUACUUUAAGUUUCAUUCCACGUUUGGUUUUCAUACUCAAACAUCACACUGUUAAUAUAAUGGUAGCCUAUAAAUGUAUGUCAACAUGUAAAUGUGUUAAAAGCAAGGAAGAUAUUUCUAACAAGUAUGUAGGCCUACAUGUAUAUUGCUGGAAGCAUAAGUAAUUUGUGCCAAACCUUCCCCAUGUAAAUCUUGGUUGCUAAGGCAACACCUGAGUGAGAGGAACGUGUGAACACUGAUUAUCGCUAAAUUACAUGGUGUGAUUUUGUGAACUCCGUUUUUAGGACAUUUUACCUGAUUGUGAUUUUUUUUUAUGGUCAACAAAUUUAGGUUUCCGAUAAUCUUUUGUUGUUACUUCAUUUCAAGUUAGAAUUGUGUAUUUCACUGGAAGUGUAGUAUGUACAAAAUACACUUUCAGAGGCACAUAAAGGCAUUAAAACGACACUUUUAAUGCCAACAUUUAAGUUAAUUCAAUAAGAAUUAAAUCAAACCUCACAAAAUAUUCUAAAGUGGCCCUAUAAGGUGGAUUAAUCAAGCAAGCAAGAUGUGUUGAUUGAAAUAUGUUGAACUUUAGGUGAAACAUAAUGAAUUAUUUUUGAGAUUGUUUUUAUGAUGAGUAUUGUUGAAUUUGUUGUUUUCUUUAACGUAGUUUAUUAGUUUGGUAGAAAUUUAUUGUUUCACACUUAUUAUUACUUUGUAGAUGUUUAUUAAGCAUCAUAGUUUAGUUUCAGUGUUUAAUGGAAGACAGUCAUUAUGUGGGGUGUUGGGCUAUUAAAAAAAUUUCUUAAGCCCAUUGUCUAAUAUAGCAUACACUGUCAACAGGAAACUAUAAAUCAGUUGCUGAGAACAAUUUGUCUAGAUUGAAAAUAAAAUUAUUCUGAAGAAAGUAGUUCACAGAGGUCCUCCUUAUUUAUAGAGAGCUGGAUUAAAAUGAUUUCUGAUGAACUCUCAGAUACUACAUGCAUAUUUCAUUAGACAAGAAAUAGUAAAAUAUGGCCCCAGAAACUCACCUAUCUUCUGAAUGGAGGAUGUC